UUAGCUGAGGUGUGCGAGCAAUUUAACUUUGUUUCGCUGUGGAGCGAACUUUCACAGUGCCUUUACUGGAUUGAACAAAAGUCUGAUUUGAUGCAUGUUGCAACUGUGCUCCUUCCCCUUAUCGAGUCAUUCAUGGUUGUUUCUCGGCCUGUAGUAAUGGCGAAAAAGCCUACUCCGACUACUGGAUCUAAUCUGGUCACAUCUUCAUCUGCUGGUUCGUUGCUUUUAAAUUUGCACACACAAUCAUCUACAGGUGCACUUCCUGCCGGAGGUCGUUUGUCUGUUCGUCAGCAGUCUGAUGUUGCUCUAAUCGAUCGCGAGUCGUUCUCAGUAUUUACCGAAAGCCACAAAAAAAUUCUCAACACUAUGGUCCGUAAUAAUCCAUCCCUCAUGAAUGGGUCUUUUUCACUGCUUGUGCAUAACCCCAAGGUUCUUGAAUUUGAUAAUAAGCGUACCUUUUUCACUCAGCAGCUUCACAAAAAAACCAAUACUCAUCGUGAUCAUUAUGGCUCCUUGCCCAUCAAUGUGCGCCGACAAUAUGUGUUUGAGGAUUCAUUCCAUCAGCUUUCUGGCCGAUCUGGCGAUGAACUCAAAUAUAGUAAACUGGCGGUGCGAUUCCAUGAAGAAGAAGGUAUUGAUGCUGGCGGCGUUGCUCGUGAGUGGUUCUCUGUGCUUGCCAGGCAAAUGUUUAAUCCUGACUAUGCUCUUUUCCGUCCUUCUGCUGCCGACAAGGUCACCUAUCAACCCAACCGCGCAUCCGGUGUCAACCCAGAUCAUUUGCAUUACUUUAAAUUUGUUGGCUGUAUCAUUGGCAAAGCUAUUUAUGAUGGCCGUUUGCUGGAUGCUUACUUCACUAGAUCCUUUUACAAGUGCAUUCUUGGUAUACAGGUGGAUUACAAGGAUAUGGAGGCGAUUGAUCCUGGAUUCCACAAAUCACUAGAGUGGAUUUUGCAAAACGACAUUGAGGAUGUGUUGGAUUUAACGUUUAGUACCGAGGUGGAUGAUUUUGGACGCCAGCGGAUCAUUGAUCUUAAACCGAAUGGCCGCAACAUUACUGUAACAGAUGAAAACAAGGUCGAGUAUGUCAAGCUCAUUACUGAGCAGCGAUUAGUUGUAGCCAUCAAGGACCAGAUCCAUGCCUUUUUAGCCGGGUUUAACCAAGUUAUUCCAGCAGAUCUAGUUCGUAUUUUCAACGAGCAGGAGCUUGAGUUGUUGAUUUCUGGUAUGCCAGACAUUGACAUUGAUGACUGGAAAAACAAUACCGAAUAUCAAAACUACACAGCAUCGUCUCCACAAGUGCAAUGGUUUUGGCGAGCAGUGCGUAGUUUUUCACAAGAAGAGAGAGCAAAGCUGAUUCAGUUUGCAACUGGAACAAGUAAAGUACCACUCGAAGGGUUCAAAGCUUUAGAGGGAUCUACCGGUGUGCAAAAGUUCCAAAUUCAUAAAGAAUUCUCUGAUGUUUCUCGCUUGCCAAGUGCCCACACAUGUUUCAAUCAAAUCGAUUUACCGCAGUAUGACUCUUAUGAACAACUUCGGUCAAUGUUACUGACAGCGAUUUCGGAGUGUGGAACUGGAUUUGGGUUUGCUUAAUUUGAUAUCAAGGCUACUUUAUUACUACUUCAUUUUCCAUAACUCUUUACUUGCUCUGAAAGAGCAGAACAACUAUUCUUGCUUUUUUCAAACCAAUAAAGCCUUUUCGUAUUCUAUUU